AUGUGUAGUAAUAAACUUCUCAAGAAAAUCGGUGGCAUAAUUAGCAGAAAGUUGACUCCCGAAGAAAAAGAUAGUAAAUUCGUCAGAGAAGAAACCACAGCUCCACUUGGAUUGACCAUAAUCCUACCUACAUUUAUCUCUAACAUAAAAAAUAACGCCUGUCUUAGUAAUAAAAAAUCUAUCACGAUUCCAACUGAA